AUGUUUACUCUCAAAGAUAUUCCAAAUUUGAGUGGGAAGGUUGCAAUAGUAACUGGUGGAAAUUCAGGUAUUGGCUAUGCAACAUCCCGAGAAUUAGCUCGUCACGGUGCGCAUGUAUUCAUUGCAAGUCGUAAUGAAGAACGUGCUAAUUCGGCAAUUGAAAGAAUUAAAGAAGAAACAAACAAUAAUAAUGUGGAAUUUUUACAUUUGGAUUUGAUGAAUUUAAGAAUUGUUAAACGAUCGGCUGAAAAUUUUUUGAGCAGGGGUUUACCGUUACAUAUUCUUAUUAACAAUGCUGGAAUUAUGGCAACGCAA